GGGUUGGUCUCUGAACUUUGCCCACCGUGGCCUCUUUGCCUGCAGCACCAUGGACAGCAACCCUCUGGCGCGCUUGGACGCGGCUGAUUUCCUGCAUGUCUGGCAGCACUUCGAUGCCGACGGCAACGGUUACAUAGAGGGGAAGGAGCUUGAUAACUUUUUCUGUCAUCUGCUGAAGGCGUUGGACCACGGAGGUACCAUAACAGAAGAAAAAGUUCAGAGGGUGAAAGAACAAUAUAUGUCAGCUUAUGAUGUGAGUGCAGAUGGACGCUUACAGAUACAAGAGCUUGCCCACAUGAUCUUGCCAGAGGAUGAGAACUUUCUGUUGAUUUUCCGACAAGAAACACCCUUGGACAAUAGUGUGGAGUUCAUGCGGAUCUGGCGUCAAUACGAUGCUGAUGGCAGUGGCUUUAUUUGUGCUGGUGAACUCAGAAACUUUCUGCAAGAUCUUUUUCGGCAACAUGGAAAAACCAUUUCAAAGGCAAAAUUGCAGGAAUAUACUGAUGCCAUGAUGAAGAUCUUUGACAAAAAUAAAGAUGGACAACUGGACCUGAAUGAUCUAGCAAGGAUCCUGAAUCUUCAGGAGAAUUUUCUCCUUCAGUUCAAAAUGGAUGCUUGUAGUGCAGAAGAAAGAAAAAGAGACUUUGAGAAAAUUUUUGCUCACUAUGACGUUAGUAAGACGGGAGUCCUUGAAGGUCCAGAAGUGGAUGGGUUUGUUAAAGACAUGAUGGAACUUGUCAAGCCCAGCAUUAGUGGCAUGGACUUGGAUCGGUUGCGCCAGAUAUUGCUCCGCCACUGUGAUGCCAACAAGGAUGGGAAGAUUCAAAAAUCUGAACUUGCUUUGUGUCUGGGAAUUAAAAUGACCCCAUAGACCUCAGUGAGUUUUUCCUUUGGUUUGCCACUUUUAUCCUUCGUAAGCCUGCUGGAAGAAUAUUUUCAGUGCUGUGUUUAUAAUCUGCUUUAUAUUACUGAACCUGGAAGAUAAGGGCAACUCACAGUUGUGAUGAACAUUAAUCUGCAAGGAUGUAGCCAAAUAGAAAGCAUGUUAGGAGCAGUAACUUGUUCCAUGCUAUUCCAGAUGAGUUAUCUGUGGGAUUUGAGAUGUCUUUAAGAAUGCUCAUAUCCUCAAACCCAAGAAUAUAUCGGGAUAGGCAUUCUUCAACAGAACUGCUGCUAUGAAAGACUAAAUGUAUUGUGUUCAGUUACCUAGGCUAAAAUCAAAGACCCUUUUUCCUUCUCAGUGUUUAUGUCUGUUGCAACUAUUUGAUAUGAUACUUGCUGUAUUUUUAAAAGGUGCAUAAAUGUUAUGAUAUCAGUUGCAGCUUAAUGUAUUUGCUUAAGAAUAAAAGCAGCUACUUAGAAGACAGAA